GGUAGAGCUGAAGGUCCAAGGCGGAGGAAGGGUGGCAGGUCUGCGGUGCUCGCCAGCCAUGAACCAGGACAAUCAUUUCUACCCCUCUCAGGUUUUUAAAGACUCCUGCGCCUACCAGAGACCCCAGGGGGAGGACUACAGCCCUCCGCCCUGCCUCUACAUGAGCAGGCAGGUGCACUCCGUCUAUACACCGCCGGCCCUGGGGCCCCUGGAGCAGACGGGCCUAACGGACAUCGCCUCUGCCUACAGUCUGCCCAACAUGCGGGAGGAUCCAGGUGUGCCGCAGCUGCACCACCCGCAGGGGCUGCAGCAGGCCCCCCUUCAGCCUCCAGGCUAUGGAGACACGGAGCAGAGCAGAUACCACCUCCCUUUCCCCUGGAUGAAGACCACAAAGUCUCACUCACACACCUGGAAGGGACAGUGGACAGGGCCCUACGUGGUGGCCGAGGCUGAGGAGAACAAGCGCACGCGGACGGCCUACACGCGUGCGCAGCUGCUGGAGCUGGAGAAGGAGUUCCUCUUCAACCGCUACAUCUCCAGGCCGCGGCGCGUGGAGCUGGCGCUGACCCUCAGCCUCACCGAGCGCCACAUCAAGAUCUGGUUCCAGAACCGCCGCAUGAAGUGGAAGAAGGAGGAGGACCGGAGAAGAGCCAGGGGUUCUGACCCAGACCAGGACUCCUCUAUCACCUCUGGGGACCAGGGAGAGGCCACAGGGGGGGUGUCCUCCACAAACGGACCUCACACCACGCCGACUCCCCCGGUGUCCCCGCUGCACAGUCGCUCAGGGUCCAGAGAAUAGACCA